AUGUGGCGGCUUUUAUACCUGUUCUUGCUCUUUGUUCGCAUCUAUCUUGCGCUGUGUCCAAGUUAUCUUCACCCGGAUGAGAUUUUUCAAGGCCCAGAGCCGAUUGCUGGCUAUAUUUUCUCUUACCCUAGUCAGCAAACAUGGGAAUGGACGUCCUCCCAUCCCAUCCGCAGUGUCUUUCCUCUCUGGCCUGUCUAUGGCUUGCCAAUGAUAUUGUUGAAAUGGAUUUGGGCCCAAGAUGAAGAUGGCCUUGUCAAUCCAGCGGCGAUAUAUUACACCCUCCGCCUCGUCAUGUUUGUGCUCAGCUUCGUCCUCGAGGAUUGGGCAGUCCAUGAUCUGGUUCGGUCUCCUCGGCACAGGAAACAGGCCGUUAUCCUGGUCACGUCCUCGUAUGUGACAUGGACCUUUCAAACCCAUACUUUCUCGAACUCUGUCGAAACUCUUCUUGUCUUAUGGAGCCUUAUUGUUAUAGAGCGAAUCGUGGGUGAAAAUAAGCGAUCAGCGAUUGCAUCCAGCAUCGUGCUGGGCUUCCUGCUCGUAUUUGGGACCUUCAACCGGAUUACCUUUCCCGCUUUUGUUGUGAUACCCGGCAUACAAUUGUUGCCACACUUUUGGAAUAGACCCUUUUGCUUCGUUGCCAUGAUCCUCUCAGGAGCUCUUUGGACCGUUGUUGCCAUUAUUGUUGACACGGCAUAUUAUCGUGGGCCAGCGGCAACAACGUCCUUUCGAGCCUUGUACCACCAUGUCUGGCAUGCUCCUGUAUUCACACCACUCAACAAUCUCUUGUACAAUACUCAAACCACGAACCUUGCCCAGCACGGCCUCCACCCUCAUUAUCAGCACCUUCUCGUCAAUCUCCCACAGCUUCUCGGGCCGGCUUUAAUUGUCCUCUCUGCUUCCGCCUACCCCUUCAACCUCCGGAUCCUCAAAACGAUGAUGAACAACUCCAGACUCUCUUCUGCUGUGACUGGAACCUUCCUACUCAGUAUCAUCCCUCACCAAGAACCACGCUUCUUGCUUCCCACUGUCCCUCUGCUGCUCACCUGUUUUCGGCUUCCUGUGUCGAAGAUAUGGAACAAAGUAUUCUUGAUCAGUUGGGCAACCUUCAACAUUUCACUUGCGACAGUUAUGGGCAUCUACCACCAGGGCGGCGUUAUACCAAUGCAGCUUGAUGUGCCGUCUAUCAUUACCCAGUCAAUCAACGUUACUCACUCAACCGCUCAUAAUAUCGAGGUGUUUUGGUGGAAAACCUAUCCGCCACCAAAUUUCCUUCUAGGCCAUGAACCCCUGCACCCGGCAACAAACCGAUCGGUCAACAUUUCGACGGUCCCCCUUAUGGGCUUUCCACAAAGCGAACUUGUUUUCAUGCUGAUGCAGCACAUGCCCACAUGCGAUCCGUCCCUCAUUGAACGCUUGAUUCUACACAAGGAGAAAACGGACAUUUUUGUUGUGGCACCUUUGGCUGCAUGGCGGCUCGAAAGCUACGAUCUGUAUCCCCCAGUCUCGAACUUCAGCUUCUCCAUCACCUUCGAUAGUCCGCCAGCCAGCUUGAGUAUGACGAACCUCGCCACGUAUCGAAGACAUGUGAACCUUGAUGAUAUGGAUUUGGCAGACGACGGUAUCAUCACAACUCUGGAGAGAGUAGUGGGCCGCCGGGGCUUGGGAAUAUGGAGAGUGGACAGGAUCUGCGAGCCCAUCCUCUUCGGCGAAGAGGAAGGUGUGGAGCGUGAAAGUCAGAAGCCAGCUCUUCUGGAACCGGAGCCGUUGGGCAAGCCACUGGCUGUUUCAUCUUCGUCCUUGAAUCGAGAAGGUACUGCUGCAGCGACUUGGCCUAAAUCUGUACACACUUUGACAAACGUGGAAGGACUAAAUUGA